AUGAGUGUGGAGGCUUUGGGGAGCCCAGUGAUGGAACCAGCUGCACUCUCCAAACGGAACCCGGCGCUGAGAUUAGUUGACUUGGCAGGGACUCAUCAUCACCAUCACCACCAUCAUCACCACCAUCCCCCACAGAGCGUCACAGGCUUCCCGGGGUUCGCCGGUCACCCCCACUCAAUGGCUCCCUCGCACCCUGGGGAGUACGCUGCUGAAUCCCGCCUAGGGCCGAGUCCAUUCCGAGCCGAACACAUGGGGCACCACCAUCAUCCCUCGGCCCUCAAACUCAGCCCUGCCCAUCAUCCUCAUCCCCACCACCGACACCAACAUCAUCAUCAUCACCACCACCACCACCACCACCACCAUCCUUCUCCUCCUCCUCCUCCUCCUCCUCCUCCACCUCCUCCACCUCCUCAUUCUAUGGCAGGAGGCCACGCUGAGGUGGUCGGUAGUCCAAACGGAGCGUUUGGCCCAGUGCCUUCAACAGCUAUCCCUUACCCUGUCUCCCACCCCGCUCAGGCGCUUACAGCAAGUAGCUAUUCUGGACACCAUGGCCACCACCACCCCGAAGCUGGGCAUCACUCUCUUUUCUCUGGACUCCAUGAGCCGCCUCCCCAGGCCUCCCCAGGUGGCCAUCUGAACGGACAGAUAAGACUGGGGCUACCUGGAGACAUGUACGCCAGGUCCGAGCAUUUCACUCAAGUGCCCGCCUCCAGGACAGAUCCUUUCGCUGCAGCUUCUCUGCAUAACUACGGGGGCAUGAACCUGAACGUGAACCUAGCUCCCCACCACGGCCCCGGAGCCUUCUUUCGCUAUAUGCGGCAGCCCAUCAAGCAGGAGCUCAUCUGUAAGUGGAUCGAGGUGGAGCAAGCGCCCAAAAGACUUUGCAACAAAACUUUCAGCACCAUGCACGAGUUGGUAACUCAUGUCACGGUGGAGCACGUUGGCGGCCCGGAGCAGUCCAAUCACAUCUGCUUCUGGGAAGAGUGUCCGAGAGAGGGGAAACCUUUCAAAGCCAAAUACAAACUUGUAAACCACAUCCGAGUGCACACGGGGGAAAAGCCCUUCCCCUGUCCUUUCCCGGGGUGUGGGAAAGUGUUUGCUAGAUCAGAAAAUCUCAAAAUACACAAAAGAACUCACACAGGAGAAAAACCAUUCAAAUGUGAAUUUGAAGGCUGUGACAGACGAUUCGCGAACAGCAGCGACAGGAAAAAACACUCUCACGUGCACACCAGCGACAAGCCGUACAACUGCAAAGUGAGAGGCUGUGACAAAUCCUACACGCACCCCAGCUCCUUGAGGAAACACAUGAAAGUGCAUUGCAAGUCUCCUCCUCCGAGCUCGGGUUACGACUCCUCCACCCCUUCCCUGGUGUCACCCUCCUCGGACUCCGGGCGGGACCCCCCGGGCUCGGCUGCAGCCCCCGCGGAGCCGGGCGCCUCGUCGCGGGCGGCGAACCUGAGCGAAUGGUACUCCGGCUCCGUCACCUGACUCGGGAGAGGCGGCGGCGGCCGCGGCAGCGGCAGCAGAGGCGGCGGCAGAGGAGGCGCAGGCGGCGGUGGCCACGGCGGCGGGGGCAGCGGCGGCGGGAGCGGCGGCCACGGCGGCCACGGCGGCGGCGGUGGCCACGGCAGCUGGGGCAGCGGCGGCUGCUGCUCACAACGAACUGCGAUGCUAGGCCGUGGGGAGGGAGGUCAGCGGGCCUGCAGGCGAUUCCUAAGGGGUUGGCCUGCUCUCUUUCCCCCUCCCCCAAGCCCGCCCCUCUAUUGCCUUGCCCUGCCCUCCCCUUUCCUUUCACCCCCAUCCCCCAUCUCAGCUUCCUCUCCCACUGAUGUCCACCGCGUUGCUCUCAAGACAUCAAAGGCAGAUUGCACAAAGAAGUAUUUCUCCGCAACGGUGAAUCUUCAUGGAAUGCUGCUAAGGGCAGCUGGGGAAGAACUUAGUCUAGGGGAGGCUGGGAUGGGCAGGCAUUCCUGGGAAGGAAGGCCAAGGCGUUAG